GAAGAAUACAAACACAGCGGCUUUCCGCCUUCUUCGCGCUGAAAGAGGAUACACGCUUUAUACAAUAGACUCGGGGGUUUGUGCCGGCACUGGUGUCUAGUCAACGCUUGCAAAAUAACUUGUCACGAAGUGUGCCUGUGGGAUAUUUUCAACAUAAACCUGAAGUGAACGACACUAGUAGUGGUGCUGUGCUCGGUUGUCGUCAAACGACGUCUCAACGAUUCCGAACUCGGAGCCCCGCCGCCUUCGUUCAGCCACUGCACCGCGGACACACCGCUUUGCUAACCGCGCUCUCGCGGCGAAGCUUCGUUCUGUGUGUUCCAGAAGACUCGAUGGCCGACCCGGCGCAGGUCAAGAAGGACGGAGGGAUGGACACCCCGGCGGAGGAGCCGCCAGGGACCGAUGCCCAGGACACCUCGGCGGACAGCGCCGCAGUCUCGGGGGAAAGCACGGAGGGGCCCAGGCCAACGGUAGAGGACGAGAAAACGGUACUACAGAAAGACAGCAGUGCUGGAGAAGAUGGGGAGGGUUCCAGUGGCCUCCACCCUCCUGCUGUCAAAAAACUGAAAGUGGAACCGGAGAAGAAGAAGGAGAAGCGACAGAAAGUCGAUGAGGAUGAGAUCCAGAAAAUGCAAGUUUUGGUGUCCUCAUUCUCUGAAGAGCAGUUGAACCGGUACGAAAUGUACAGACGUUCGGCAUUCCCAAAGGCAGCCAUUAAAAGGUUAAUCCAGUCCAUCACUGGAUCAUCAGUUUCUCAGAAUGUGGUUAUCGCCAUGUCUGGAAUCUCAAAAGUCUUUGUCGGGGAAGUUGUUGAAGAAGCCCUAGAUGUGUGUGAGAAGUGGGGAGAGAUGCCACCACUGCAGCCAAAGCACCUGAGGGAGGCAGUGCGGAGGCUGAAGAACAGGGACCAGAUCCCCAACACCAAGUAUAAGCGCAUUGUCUUCCACUGAGUGCCCUCUGUGCCUCCACACUUCACUGAGAAGUUUGGUCGCUUCCAGCUGUCUAUUCUGCCUGGUGCUGAAUGUACGAGGGGGAGUUGGAUCCCCAGAGGGAAGGGUGGUGUUGUGGCAUUUGUGACCAGGCAAAAAGUGUUUAGUCUGAGCCUGUGUCUUGCUGACAGCAAGGCCAGCAUGGAGUUCAAAGUGAGAGAAAUAUAGUGAUGGCAGUCCUUUUGGUGCCCCCUUCUAGUCUUUUUGUAAUUGUACAGAGGUAUAGUGUGUGUAUGUCCAAGUGAAUUAGCUGGACUGAAGUGUAACGUCAGAAAUGUGAGAGUGCUUUAGCUGUUUUCAGCACAAACCUUUUUUUUUUUUUUUU